GAUACUCCUCAGUUUCGGAGUAUCCUUCGCAGGGGAUGGACCUUACGCGCGCGCGUUCUUUCCUCUCUAUCUCUAUCUCGCACUGUCAUCAUUAUUAUCAUCAACAUCAUUCUCAUCAUUUUCACUGAAAGCAUUCUUCUGGACACGGUUGCACGCCGAGCACGGAAGGGAAAAAGAAAUUUCAUUUUUCAUUCGCUUUCUGUAGUACACUCAAGUGAAUCAUUGCAGCGUGAAAGGUUUAUUUGUCUGUAAAAGUGUGAGUGCUCGUACUCGGAAAAAAGCAUCGGAAAAAGUGUAUAAAAGAAAAGGAAUACUUGUUUGUUAGUUAUAAAACAAAUUUGCUACAGUGUAAAAGGAUGUAAAAUGUUAAAGUGAAAGAAAAAACGCCAGCAAAAGAAAACACUCGUGCCCGAUGGAAUACCAGCACACGGGAUAAAGCAGAGCAUGACGUCAUGAUAGCAACGAUCGACCGACGCGUUUGGAUUAUGUUUCUUUGGUAUCUUCUUUUAAAAUGUUCGUUAACACACAUCCUACCCAUCCCGGGGGUGGUGCUCGCGAGCCCAACCGACGCAGAACACACCGCCCAACAGCCACCCAGCACAGGAAGCAAUAUGGAAGAUCUGUACCACCGAAUUCUAGAUGACAACGAAUUUAGCUCCCAUGCAAAAGUCCGCUUCAAUCGGCACAGCGAGUCACGCGACCGGCAACCGGCAGGACCCUACGUGCGACGUGAGAGUGAGCCACCACGAUGGCAGGACUCAACGCCGACGCAGACGCGAAUAAACAAUAAUCGUAAGAUUAAUCUGGAGCCUUAUAGAGCUCCCGCUAGCUUAGAUAAUGUAAUGAGUGGCUUCGAUGAGCUCACCGUUCAGGACCGUGGGCAUCCAUAUCGCUCGGCGGACAGUUCGGUGGCGUUCGAUGAUGUGCAGGAGCAGAAGGCAAUGUUUGAGCGUGAAGGACUUGCGAGCGUUUUGCGUGACGCAGAGCUGCACGAGGAGCGUCAUCGGGUGAAUAGCUACGCGGAGAAUCACUUUCCAGCCUACCGACGGCAUCGCCGAUCGUUGCUAAGACGUCGAUCGAUCCGGCUGAAGGAAUCCGACAAGGAGGGCGACCCAAAGUCAACAUCCACCGGUGGAGAUGGUUCGAGCACGAACCCCAACUCCGAAACGGUUCCCGCGAAACCACAGCCAAACCACGCCGCGGAUGCUAAUUCGCAUGUACAUUCGAGCCUGCCCCAAAACACCGGAUCCACUGCGGCCAACUCACCCAGCAACGUUGAGACGUUGGACCGAUACCCCAUCCAUAGUAACAGUAGCCAUAGCUUUAGAGAGGUGGCCGAUACGCCACCUACGGGGAGCGAACGAUCCAUCGCCCAAGAUGCGACGAAGAAAGUCGAACACCUUUCAACCGUAACCGGUACGACUGAGCGAGCAAUUGCGCCGCCACCAUCUUCGCCACCCGCUUCGCCACCCGGUGGCCACCAGCGGCAUCCGGCCGCCAUCGCUAUCGACAGUUUCAAUUUGCUAGACGACAGCGUGUACAUCACGCCUGCCCACGGUCAUCGCAAUGACAGUGGCGCAUCGCAACGGUUGCCUUCGCUCGGGACGGAUCUGACGCUUGACGCGAACGGGAACAUUUUCGGCCGCGAAAACUUCGACGAGCAAAUUAUCUUUCUCAAUGGACCGGAUCUGCUGGAGACAAGUGCUGAACAGCAGCAGCAGCAGCAGCAGCAGCAGCAAGACUUUGCCGGAGAUGAUGCCGAACGGAGACAGCUGGCAGGGAAGGUGGCUCGUGAAGUUGCACGGGAGGUAGCUGCUGGAGGGCUGGAGCUGGUGGACGGGUUCGUGGCAGAUGAACCUCAAGCACUGCCACUGAGGCCGAUUAUUCGCGGCCCUUCCGAUGAUCAUGUGGUGGAGGACAAUGUGGUGGUGGUGUACGCCGACCAGCACGAGACGGUCCGGCUGAACUGUGAGGUUGAUGCCGAUGUCACCUCGAGCGUUUGGCUCAAGGACGGUCAGAUAGUGCACGUGAUGGACAAAAAGUCACGCACCGCCGACAUCCGGUUCGUGCGGGAACCGCUCGGUGCGCUGACGAUCUCGAAUGUGAUGCUCGAGGACGACGGUGUGUGGCAGUGUGAGGCGGAGAAUGCGCGCGGAUUCUUCUUCAACGGCCGGCCGAUAAAGUUGAUUGUGCUCGAUCCACCCAAGGAGCCGUACCUUCUGAUCGAUUCCCGGCGGCUCGAUGCAGGCAACAUGUUCAUCCCGGUGAAGGAAAACUCCGAGCUGGCGCUUGCCUGCGUCAGCGAGGGUGGCAACCCCAAACCGACGCUCACCUGGGAGGUGCUGCUCAGCCCCGGCAUCGACCGGCAUGCACAGAAAAUAUCCAGCGAAGUGCUGGAGCUGCAGGAGAUCAAGAAGGAUAAGGAUAAGGAACCGUACAAGAUCAAUGCCGGUGCGAUAUCGGAGGUGAAGCUGCCGGCCGUCUUCCGGGUGCAUCACAACGCUCGCAUCCUCUGCAUCAUGGAGCAUCCGACGCUGAAAGUGCGCCAAAACGCAUCGAUUCUGCUCGAUGUGCAGUACACUCCGUCGUUUGCCAUCACGCGAACACCCGGCUUCGGGUAUCCGCUUCGGGAGGGCAUCGAAGUUUCGCUCAAGUGUGAUGUCGACUCGAACCCGCCCAGCACGCCGCUGUGGCAGAAGGACGACGGGGAUCCGCCGGUACCGCAGACGGGCGAUGGAUUCCUUAACUUCAGCUCGAUCCGGCGCGAACAUUCGGGCUGGUACAAGUGUACCUCGAGGCAUCUCAAUUUUCAGUACUCGAGCAUCGGAUAUUAUCUCAGCGUGCGAUAUGAACCUGUCGACGUCACAUCGGAACCGGUCGAGCAGGAUCUUCCCAUGUCACCGUCUUCCUCAUCGUCAUCGUCGUCUUCCUCCUCCUCCUCCUCCUCCUCGUCGUCCUCCGUGUCAUUGGCGUCGGCCAGUGGCACUCUACCGGGCAGUUCUGGAUCCAACGGAGGCGCUUCUUCCGGCGUCCCGGGAACGGACCAGUCCGCUUCCAACUCCUUCAAAGGAGGUCAAAUGGAAGUUGAGCUCGGUGGCUCAGUUACGCUGCAGUGUCCCCAAGGUUCACUUGGUUGCUGGUCGCACUUAGAUCCACUCACAGCUCGACUGAAAGGACUGGGAGCCGGCAUCUACACACCUACCGGACAGUUUUCGCUCAAGGAUGUCGUCUACCAGGACGCGGGCACGUACAAAUGCGUCGGCCAGAAUGCCAACAAUCGCAAAAAGCUUGAAGUGCUGCAGACCGUUUCGAUCGCGGUUAAAGGAGCUCCCAGUGUGAAUGCCAGAAAUACGACCCCCGUGGCCUAUCCCGGAUCACCGCUCCACCUGUCGGUGGAAUUCUGUGCCAACCCUCCGGCGUACGCAGCUCGAUGGCUUCACGGCGAUCGGGUCUACACGCCCGGAAAUCAGUAUGGAACUGAUGUUCUUGCCUAUGGUUUCAUAGACCUGCCAACGCCGUUCUGCAAGGAGGCACGUCUGACCUACGUGCACAUGCACGAGAAGGUACCGCGGACGUUCUACUUCAUCGUGUCCUCGCCGGGCGGUGUCGCCGAAGCCGUGUUCAAAGUCAACUACACGCUGAAACACAAGCAAAUGGGAUCCUCCUCGGGUGCAUCCGCUUCCGGGGCCGGUUCCGGGUCGUUCGGUAGCCCGUUCUCGCUGUCCUCGUCCUCCUCGUCGUCCGGUUCGGGGACCACCGUUAAUGGGGGCAGCUCGGGGUACAAGAUCAACACCAACACCAUCAACACCGUGCCCGGCAAUGGGCUGGACGACGACGAGGAGCUGAUGGAACCGGAAGAGAUUCACUUUCCGAUCUUUGGAACGGGGCGAGCGGCACACGGUCGGCAAGCGCUUCCGGUUGCACUGCUCGCCGUCGUGAGCAGCCUAUUGUGCGUUGGGAUGGCGAGCGUGCUCAUCACCGGUCCUUAUUAUUGUCUAUAGUAAGCCCAUUAGAAUGGGAAAACGUUUUGGGAAACGCGUUCUUAGAAAACCUGUAAUUUCUUUCCUCAGUUUCUGAAGUUAAAAUUUCGGUUUUGUUCACUCUUGAGGCUCUUCUUCAUUUAACUGGGACAAGCACUGUGAAGACUGUUUGUCAAUCUCUCUCACGGAACUGAUUGAAAUUCGGAGGUGUUCUAGAACUCUUCAUCUAAACCUGAUCGCUCUCACUGUCGACUGUAAAGUUUCAAUGCUCCUCGAAUAGGUUCUCGUCUGUCAGAUCGCUUGCUCCAAUUUUCACAGUUUCCAAACUCUCGCUUCGAUCCAAAACCUUUCAUCGAUCUCUCAAGCGCCUUGUCUUCACAAGUGUAAAUUACACGCACACACACAUCAAAACAAAUGCAACAAACGGAAACGAUCGAGCUAUAAUAAUCCAAACAUCCGAACCAAAAGCACGUUGUUGUUGUAUGGCAGGGUAGCGGAAAAAAGGACAGGUAACGGAACAAUAUUUGCAACACACACAACACUAACGUACACGAAACCUGACGAGCUGGAAAUGGACCUAAAGGAGCAAUUUUUUGAGCAAAAUAUAUAUUUACCCGAAGGGAAACGGAAAACAGUUGGGGAAACUUUUACGAGAGAACAACAAAAAAAAAUCGCGAAAAAGAUGAUAAGAGAGUGGCACAAGCAGAUGCAAACUAAAUUGAGCAAGAUAUCAUGGUGCUGAUAUUACAAGGAUUCUUGUCUUGUUUGUCUAAUUUUUUUGAAUAAGUUGAUUGAGGAUUUUUUUUUCGUUUUUGCUGGAUAUAUGUUGCUAUUUCAACAUACCAAUAUCCACCCGAAAAGGAAAGGAAAACAACUUAAUUGCCCCCCCAUUGUACAUACUAGCCAAACAAGUACGCAAAGAACACUCGCAGCUAAAUCCAUGUGCAAGUGCGUGUUUUUAUUCCAAAGGUUCUUUAUUUCUUCUUACGAAGUAGAAGUGGUCUGUUCUGUUCACGUGUCGUCGUUGUUGUGUAAAAAAACAAACACUCUAGUUUCGCAUGUAAGAUCAAAACAUCAAAACAACCAACAAAAGCCAUUUAGGGAAUUAGGUACUAGGGUAAAAGAAAAUACUAUACCAUAAUAACAAUGAUGAUUGAUGGAAGAAGCGAACGAGAGGACAUAAAACGAGAGCAAAUGAGGGAGAAAGACCUGUUUUGUUAACAUAGUGAUACACCCUUCACCAUAACCCUUGACACCCUUGAACGCGAACGAAGCAUUUGCAUGUUUCCCCACGGUGAGGGACAAGGAAAAAAUGGAGACAACAUGCUAGAACAAAUGUACACGAAUGGUGCAAUGGACUCUCUUUUACUAACAAAGCUUCGACCACACAACCACACCGUUGUCAACGCUCGAACUCACUCUCACCGUACCGCCAACAUACCGGCCAAUUUUAAAUGCUUACUACAAACUGUAAACUAUUCCUUCUCGAAUGAUCGACACGGUAUCUUUCCUAUCCUAACGUAAUGUGCUCUGCCCCGGGCACCACCUAACUACUGCUAGUCGUAUGAGGUAAGUCACUAGUACACUGUGUACAAUGUACCCGCCAGGCGUUAAUGUCAUGUCACUGUUGGUUUUUUUUAACCUACUAUCGUUUCCAUGCCGUAGUGUAAAGGUCUCUGUCCAAUUUCAACCAUCUAGCGGUAAGCCAUUGUGUCGUUGAGAGUUUUUUUUCCGUUCUAUCGUAUAUUAAACGCUUUCUUACACUGCUAAGUACACACCAUCAUCUUCUCAUCCUACCUAUCCUAUCUAUCGAAAUCUUAAAAAAAAGUGAGGGAAAAACGGAAGCCAAACACUCCACUUUUCCAACUUUGAAAACCCUCCCCCUCCUUAGAGUCCAGUGUCCAUGAACAAGUUAACACACGUGAGCUCCGGGUGGUGGGGAGUGAAACAAUUGUUAAAAUAUUUCACACCGAAAACCCUGCAGUCAAAAAAAAAAGCGAAAGAAAAUUUGUAAAUAUUUGAAAACCAAAAAAAAACGGGGAAAACGCAAGCGACACGCAGUUUAGGAGGUAGAAGAGAAAAAAAAAGAUAAAAGAAGAGAAGAAAACAAGAAAGCCAAACUAAAUACUAAAAACCGAACCGAAACGAACUGGUGGGAACCGAAGUAGAUAACAGAAGUGUGGGGAAAGCAAACGUUUGCCAACAGCCGGUAGCUUGUUUCUUGAAACACUGUCCUCAAAGGGCAGUGUCCUUAAGAACUUUAAGUUCUAUCACGAACCGUAUCAAUGCGUUGUUGCUUCGUUGGAAUGGUUGAUUGCACUUGCAUAAGUUCCAAAGCCAACUUACAACAGUUUGUUUUCAAAUAAGAUACAUAAAAGAAAUUAAAAUCAAUGCAAAACAGAGAACAGAAAGAGAGGAAGAAAGAAAUAACUAAACAAAACAGUUAAAAAGAGAAGCAGAAGAAUAGGGAAACAAACAUAAAACAAUUAAAUGCCGGUUUCAGCAAAGCGGUAUUGCUAAGUGAACUCAACUAAUUAGUUAAAGAAGAAUUAAAGUAAACCUUACAUCAGCCAAAUUCGUUUCCCAACUUAAAGAAGAAAUAGUUAUUUUACAAUUUAAACUAAAUAAAAACAGAAAUAUGUUCCGUAUGAUGAGUUCGGCAAGCAACAGAAAGCAACGGGGCAGCCAAAGCGAAGCGAUAAAAAAACAGCAACAAAAGAAUAAAAUAGAAUAAACUUAAUAAAACACGAACAACAUAAUUGUCAUUUUGUACAAAAAAACAUGAAAAAUAAAAUGAAAACUAUUAUUGAAAA